AGCCCCGCCGCGGGGCGGAGCGGGCGCGAUCGGAUGAAGGGCGCGGCGUGGAGGGGCCACGGCGGCCUGUCCGCGGCCGACCACCUCGGCGCCGGGGCCCUCGCGGCCGCGCGGCGGGCCAGGCUCUGCAUCUACGGCGUCGCGCUCGCCUUCGGCGCCUUCGCGGCCUUCCUCGCCUUCGCGCCCUCGCUCCCCGCGCCCCCGCCCUCCUCGCCCUCCGCCGCGUGGCUCGACGGCGUCCUCGCCUCCGCCUCGCCCUACCGCGCGCAGGUCUCGGGCUUCUUCUCCUCCCUCUUCCCCGCCAACUCCUCCCACUCCUCCUUCCCCGGGCCUCCCGGUCCCGGCGUCGUCGCGGCGAGGCGGAGCGGGCCGGGCGGCGGCGGGCUCGCGGCGGGCGGCGGGCCGGCCGGGACCAACGGGUCAACUGCGGUUCGUCCUCACGGGCAAUCCGGGGGCGGCAAUUCGGGAGGAGUUCGCGGCGGCAAUUCCGAGUCCAGUAACGCUACCGCGGCGGUGGGCGCGCGGACCAACGGCUCCAGUCCUGGCCAGCAAUCGGGAGGCGGAGGAGCGGUACCAGGCGGCAAUUCGGGAGGAGUUCGCACCGACAACCCCGCUACCGGUAACGCUGCUGCUUCGGCGGCGCGGAGCGACGCGCCGCCCCGUGAUCACGCGGGAGGCGGUGAAGCGGCCAGCAAUUCGUCAGGUAUCGCCGCUGCUGCUCCCAACAAUUCCUCAGGAAUCGCAGCUGCUGAGGCGAAGGCUGGGGCCACGAUCGGCGGUUCAGCCCAGACUGGCACCACGGCGAAGGGAGGUGCGCCUGUUCGGAUCAACGGCUCCGAGGUGAAUGCAAGUUCAGCGGAAGCCACGGCGAGCAACGGGACGGCGAUUCCAUCCGUCAAUCAGACCCGCAGUGCAGUUUCAGCGAUGCUGCACGGCAAUGUUGCUGCGCCUCAUAGGAGAGGACAUCCAGGCAAGAACCACACCGCUCAAGAUUCGGCGGCCCACCAUGAUCAGCAGCAGAGUGUAAACAGAGCUGCUGUUGCUUCAGGUGGAAGCAACAGUACGAAGACUAUGCACAAGGAAGCCACUGCUCCUUCUCAAGGGAGCGCCGGUUUGGUGAAAGGCCACGCAGCACAGGCCACCAACAGCAGCGCGGUGCCGGUGAUGGGGAACAGACAUCCUGCCAAAGAGGCUGCCAAUGCUGGUGGUCAGACGAAGAAGCUUCACUCGAUCGAGGCGAUGGGCCGAUGCGACAUGUUCUACGGCAAUUGGGUCCGGGACGACUCGUACCCUCUCUACCCGGAGGGAUCGUGCCCUCACGUCGACGAGUCCUUCAACUGCCACCUCAACGGCCGCCCCGAUAAGGCCUACCAGAGACUCCGGUGGCAGCCCCGCGGGUGCAGCAUCCCGAGGUUGAACCCAACUGAUAUGCUGGAGAGGCUGCGGGGAAAGCGACUCGUGUUCGUUGGCGAUUCACUCAACAGAAACAUGUGGGAGUCACUCGUUUGCAUCUUGAGGAGUUCUGUAAAAGACAAGAGGAGGGUUUUUGAGGUGUCCGGGAACCACAAGUUCAGGGCCGAGGGCUCCUACUCUUUCCUCUUUCAGGACUACAAUUGUACUGUGGAGUUCUUCCGCUCCCCUUUCCUUGUUCAGGAAUGGGAUAUGCUUGUCACGCGUGGAAAGAAAAAGGAAACUCUUAGGCUUGACAAAAUUGAUCAAUCAUCCUCGAGGUACAAGAAUGCAGAUGUCAUUGUUUUCAAUACUGGGCACUGGUGGACACAUGAGAAAACUUCCCUUGGGAAAGAUUACUAUCAAGAGGGCAACCAAGUGUACAGUCAGCUGAAUGUCCAUGACGCCUACCGGAGAGCUCUCAACACCUGGGCCAGGUGGGUUGAUUCCAAUAUAAAUCCCAAGAAAACAACUGUGUUUUUCAGAGGCUACUCAGCGUCCCAUUUCAGCGGAGGGCAGUGGAAUUCAGGCGGCAGCUGCGACAAGGAAACUGAGCCGAUAACAAACGGAAAGUACCUCAUGCCAUACCCGCAGAAGAUGAGCAUUCUGGAGGAGGUCCUCCAUGGGAUGAAAACACCAGUGGCCUACCUGAACAUUACAAGGAUGACUGACUACAGGAAGGAGGGACAUCCUUCAGUCUACCGCAAGCAGAAGUUGAGCGAGGAGGAGCGCAAGUCCCCAGAGCUAUACCAGGACUGCAGCCACUGGUGCCUUCCUGGAGUGCCAGACUCCUGGAACGAGCUCCUCUACGCACAGAUUCUGGUCAAGCAGCAUCAGAUGCUACACCAAUAAAGUCAAGUGCCGAAUCACUUGUUCCUGUACAUGAGCUGUUGUUUGUUGCAACAUGCCAGCCGAAGCGGUCAAGGCAUAUAUAGUUGACAAAAUCGAUAGGUCAAAGGGUUUUGGAAUCCUUGCAUAGAGUAAAGUAGGCAAUCUAUCAGAUAUCUAACUCUCAUUACCAACAGGAACUCUGUAUAGAAUCAUAGGAGUUUAUGAUGUAAAAUCCAUGUCCAGCUAGCAAUAAUCAGAACCAAAGAAUAGUGUAUACUGCAUCAGAAAUUCAGAAUAGCUCUUUGUUUUUCAUGAA